UUUAAACAAAGUAAUUUUUUAAGUAACCUAGGAGCUCAUCUUGAGACUCGGACGCGGUCUAUGCACUUUGCACACACACUCUACAACAAGACAAACACAAGCCGCAAUUUGCCAUUGACGGUGACGAUUGUUAGCUAGCUUUUCUUUCGGCAGCACCUGCACCGGCGUACAACAAUAGCAAGAACCACAGAAACAAGAAUCGCCAGGUGGGACUUGGCUCGGUUUUAGUUUUAGUUUUGGUUUCUCGGCGAACGGACGCAUGACGAAUAAAUAACAGACCACAGCGCAGUAAUAGUAAUUAAAUACAUAUAUAUUUUUUGUUUCAACUACGAUGACGAGUGUCCUGAAGUUAGUGUGGGUCUGGGCCUGUUUCCAUCUGGAGGAACUGUUGCUCAGGAUCCUGGGGUACAUCAUGCGCCGCUUCCUGCGAUCGGCCAUGAUCGUCUUCAGCUGGUUCGUGGUUCCCUACAGCCGGUACACCAACAUCAAGGUGAUCCGGCGCAAGCUGCCCCCCAUCCGCAGCCACCUGCUGGAGAUCCCUGCCGUCGACCUGGCCAAGCUGAUUCGCACACGAAAGAUUAAAAGCGAAGAAGUCGUCGAGGCCUACAUAGAACGGUGUCGGCAGGUGAAUCCCCUCAUAAAUGCCAUCGUGCAGGAUCGCUUCGAGGAGGCGCUGGAGGAGGCGCGCGAAAUCGAUAAAGUGAUAGCCAUGGGCAUUAACAGCGUGGAGUCGAUGGAGGAGCACACUCCCCUGCUGGGCAUACCGGUGACCGUCAAGGAGAGCAUCGCCGUCAAGGGAAUGACCAACCAGGCGGGACGAGUCUUCAAAACGCCACAGAUAGCCAAGUCGGAUGCGCCGGUGGUGGAGCAGAUUAAGCGAUGCGGCGGCAUCAUUUUACUGGUCUCCAACACCCCCGAGCUGUGCCUGCUCUGGGAGACCUACAACAAUGUCACCGGGCAGACAAAGAAUCCCUAUGAUCUGAAGCGGACACCAGGCGGCUCCUCCGGCGGUGAGGCAGCCCUCUUGGCUAGUGGCGCCUCCCUGCUGGGCCUUACGUCGGACAUUGGCGGCUCUUCCCGUCUUCCGGCCAUGUUUAGCGGGAUCUGGGGACACAAGCCCACGCCGUAUGCCGUGUCCUUCAAGGGCCACCAUCCGACGAGCGACUUCCCGAAGUGGGGCGAUUUCUUCACCAUCGCCCCCAUGACUCGCUACGCCAAGGAUCUGCCGCUGCUGCUCAAGUGCAUGAAUGAUCCCACGGGUCCGAAGCUAACCCUGGAUAGGGCGAUCAGUGUCCAUGGCAUUCGGUUCUUCUUCAUGGACAACGACGGGCCGUCGGGCAUGAUGAGGCCGCUCAGCCGGGAUCUGCACGCGGCCAUCAAUCGGGUGGCCAACGACUUCAAUGCCAAGCGAGUGAACAUCCGGAAGAUGAAGUGGUCCCUGGACAUAUCCCUGUCGGCCAUGCUGACCAUGAAGAACAUCGAGACCAUCUACCACAAGACGGAGGAGGGCGAACAGCCCAAGACCGUCUGCAAGGAGACGGUCAAGUACUUCUUUGGCUGCUCGGACAGCAUCCUGCCGUCGGUGAUAUUCGGCCACCUGCAGAACUUCAUGAAGAUCAUACCGAACUCGCGCCACAAGCACCUGGCCAGCAUCAUAGAUGCGCUCAAGACUGAAUUCAAGGAGAUGCUGGGCAACGACGGCGUCUUCAUCUACCCCACAUUCCCGAACACGGCGCACCAGCACUACCAGAUCUACCACAAGCUCCUCGAGCCCAUGUACAUGGCCAUUUUCAAUACACUCGGCCUGCCGGUGACGAACUGCAUGAUCGGCCUGGACAGGCGCAACCUGCCCAUGGGCAUUCAAGUGGUGGCCAAUCCCGGCCAGGACCAUCUCUGCCUGGCAGUGGCGCGGGAAAUGGAGCGCCGAUAUGGCGGCUGGGUGCGUCCACCGUCGGAGGAUAGCCACAGCAGCAGUGGGAGCAGCAAGCAGCGUGGUUAGGAGGCUACAGGAGUAGCUUGAGCCUUUGCGUGAUUCUAUUGUACUUUGUUUUGUUUUUAGCUAAUUGUAGCAUCAAGCAGUUAGGAAAAUUCACAGAGACUUUGGAUUGUUUAGAGCUAACAGAUCUAUUAUUUCGUUUAGAUUGAAUGAGAGGAGGAAGCGUACGAAUCCCUUAAGAAAAAAAUGUAUCUUUUCCUGUAUUUAAUUCGAAACUCACAUCACACCAGCAUUGAACCAGCAUUCCGGCAGGCUGAGAGUUGUCCUCGGAAGAGCCCUCGGAAUUGAUCCUGCCUGAUGCCCACCAUCAUGUUCCAUUGUUUUAAAUUAUUGCCGAGAACUCUGAGCUUGUGUACAGUGUAUCCGUAUUUGUAUUAUGUAUCUCUAAUCUCUACCUACGAAAUGUAUGUAAAUAUUCGUGUAGCAGUUAAGUGUUAGUUUUAUGCCGCCACCCGGCUAAGAUCGAUAAAUAUAUAUAUAUAUAUAUACAUAUGUAUGUUAUGUGUACAUUUUGUAGCAUCUCUUUUGACCAACUUUACAACCACGACUCUUGCAAAGAACCAAAUUUGUUGAAUAAAUACGUAACAGAAAUAUUAACAAAAAUUUCAACUCCUAUGUCGCAACUCGAACCAGCAACUGCCGAAAAGCAGUUGGCCUCCACUUCGGCUGCUUAGCCGGGCCGGGCCGGGCCGGGCACUGAGAUUGGGCUCAAAGUAAAAAUAUAACUAGCUACUAAAAGACAAUAAGUAUAAGCUUAUGUGUACUACAAAGUAAAUGUUUCCACUUGGCUGCCCUGCCGUGCCAUUAAAUCCCUGGCUGCGGUAGCCAUUCUACGGCUGAAACUUUCUUGGCCCCAAUUAAAAGCGUUUUCUAAUUACUAAUAAUUUCAAAAAAUGUAUGUUCGGAUGGUAUUUAAAGUCGAGAUUAUCUCAGCCACUGAUUGAGGCUAUUCGUUUUGAACUUAGAGAGGAACCACUGUAGAUAGACUCCUGGGAGCAGGCUAAUCUAUAAGCCCAAAUCGCGAUCUAAUGCAUUUUUUGUCAUUCAAACUGCCGAAUUUUGUGCUUUCGGAUUUGGAAUGGAGUGUUUGUUUUGUUUCAAUUUCAGUUUGUGUUGCACGAGCCGAGUAUCCAAUGUGCGCUUGUGUGGAUAGUUUUCGGCAUUUUGGAGUAGCCCAAGGUUGCGCCAAUAUGGCUUGCGCAAUUCCGCUGUCGGCGGUGGCGGUGGCGGCCUGAACGUGGUAUUUGGCCAGAAACUAACUUAGAGGUAACUUCUGAAUCUUGCCCAAGAAUGUGGCGGUCGUUGGCGGUCGUUUCAAUUGCUCUGCCCAAUGCCAUGUGGAAAAAGUUUGUGGAAACUGUGUUGCCUCCAAAAAUUCGUCGUAAAAACAUCAGUUUUCAGUUUAGAUCCCAAAAUGAUAGUAGGUAGUAGCAUAUAUGUACAUACGUAUGUAGAAUUGAAAUCGAAUGCAUGGCUUCAACUACCUGUAGUUCCAAGCCAGGGGAUUAGUGAAGAUGAGAGACUCUCUUGCGAAGACUCUCUCUUUCUCAUUGGAAGACAGUGGAAGACCUGAGUUACCUGGGACCUGAGCCACCAGAGAGCGGAUACAGUUUCAAAAUUUUAAUUUUUUAAAGCAAGUGAGAGGCGCUCAAAAGUCAUCCGCCAUCAGGAGCGGAUUUAAUGAAAAGAGGUGGCUCUAAAUUCAUUAAUUUAAAUAGAGUUAGAAAUGUAAAAACAAAGUAUUAGAAUCCUUAAUGCUUAACAUUCUGAAUCUUCGAAAUAAAACAUAAAAUAACAAAUAUUUAAUCGAAAUACAUAGUUUCUAGUUGGUGAUCCGCUCCUGAUUUGAAAACCACUUGAAAAGUUAUCAGUUUUUGUUGCCUGCCUUGGAAUUCGAAUUCGGCGAGCUCAGCGGUUUGGAGAAGAGAGAGUGGAAGACGUUGACCAUCAGAGGAGCGGAAAUAUCAUUCCAGUCGCCCGUAUUCCAGCACAACCCAGCCGAAUUCCGGCCUCGGAGCGGUACGGUACUGUCAUUAGGAAACUGAAACUAGAAGCGAGCGGUGGUGCCUGACUCACAGCCGAGGCCUUACUGUAGACCCAGUCCAAGUCAGACUGUACUUAAUAGACACUUAUAAUCUGUGCAUUUGAGGUGACAAAUUAAACUCAUAUUUGUUUACCGUGAUCUACACAGAGAGAUUAAAACUGUUUCGAUUACCGUGUUAAAUCAACUAACAACAAGUGUGAUUUUAACCCCGUAAGACUCAGACACGUGUUG